UGUCUUUAUGGGUAUGGAACGUAGUACGCCUAGGACCGUCGCUUCGACUACCUCAGCUAGCUACUAAACCACAAACAACAGACUGAGUAUUCACUUUCAAUGACACGGCUUUGGUUAGAUGGCUGUUUAGAUUUUUUUCAUUAUGGUCACGGUCGGGCUCUUUUACAAGCAAAAAAGUUGGGCUCUUCACUAGUUGUGGGUGUUCAUUCCGACGAAGAAGUCACUCACCAUAAAGGUGUUCCUGUGAUGAACCUUGCGGAACGUUGUCUUGCUGCCUCUUGCUGCAAAUGGGUCGACCAAGUGGUCCCUUAUGCCCCCUAUGUUACUGAGCUUCCCUGGUUGGACAAAUACGAUUGCGAUUAUGUGGUUCAUGGUGACGACGUUACUACAGAUGCAAACGGUGAAGAUUGUUACAGAAUUGCCAAGGCCGCAAAUCGAUUCAAGCUGGUAAAGCGGACAGAAGGUAUCAGCACGACGGAACUUCUUCAACGUAUUUUAGUCCCAUCAUCCAACCCUUUGUCAGUUUCAAAUGUCCAGUCUGGAUUGGAGAAGUACCGCUCUAUGCUGACGGAAUUUGCCGCGGGCUGUGAUGGUAAAACAAUUGAAAGCGACAUUUUCGUGCGCAUGGAAAAUGGCACUCUCGAACACAUUGUUACUGGUGACCUGAUGAACAAGGCAGGACUAAAAGGUGAGAUACUAUAUAUUGACGGGGAAUGGAACUUGGUGACCAAGACACACCUCGACUUUUUAAAGCAAUGUAAAGAACAGUUUCCGACCCUUCCUAUCGUUGCUGGUAUUUUCUCCAAUGAAAAUUGCAGUCAGCAACCUUUUCUCGAUCUUUUUCAGCGGUCAAUGAACAUAUUGCAAUGCAAGUUCGUUGAUGCUGUAAUCAUUAAUGCUCCGAAGGUGAAUGGCUUAAACCAAAUACGUGAAAACUUGAAGCUUUCAAAAGUACACGUACCAAUUCCAAACUUCCAAAGCAACGAUGUAACGUUAACGGACACGGAAAUUGGGAACGGUCCUCGACCUUAUGACACUGAUGGGACGAACCAAAUCAUCCAACGAGUUCAACUACGGCGCAAAGAAUACGAGGAACGCCAGCUCCGCAAGCUUGGAAAGCACGAGUUUGAAAGACUUAUGAAAAACUAAACAGAUUUUAAAAGUUCCACGAAUGCUCAUUCCAUCUUCCCCUUCCCUCAUUGCUUGCCUAUCUAUUCUCUCGGUUUUAUUACCCUGUUUUGUUGAUGUUCCUUUUGUCCUUAUAACUAGCUCUAUAGUAGAGUUUUUAUGCCUCCUUGACACUUUUAUAACGAAAACUUUUGAGUGUGAAUUCAGCUUUUAUCCCCAGGGUAAUAACUAUAAAAUUAAAAACAAGAGUGAAACGUAAGUAUUGCUGAAACCAAAAGGAAUUGCCACCUUGCAAUGUUAUCCCUCUAUAGGUUCAUGACAUUUACUUAAAAAAGUGCUAAAAAACAUCCCAUUCAUACAUAUCAACAAGUAAAGAAGAAUGACUAAUUUCAGAAGAGAGCAUCAAACUCCUCUGUAUAAAUAGAUUAUAAUGAGUGGGCACCAUGAAAAUAAUCCCAUGUAGACAUUGCGGUAUUCAAGGUACACCUGCUGUCCUGCAGCCUAUGUCUGAGAGAAGCCUGAUGCGAGAAACAAACAACUCUUCGCAUCAAGGGCCCAUUUUAGACGCUCAUUUUCAUUUUUAUAGGGCCCCAGGGGUUGUAGCCUUCAACGACGAAAUCGUCAUACUCGUACCCAUCUAUGCUUCCGACUUCACGAGGCGACCGGCGGAAAUGAAUCUUAGGGAAGGGUAGGGGUUUGCGUGCAAGUUGAGUGCGCAAUGCUUCUAUAUGAUCAAUAUAAAUAUGACAAUCACCCAUUACAUGGAUGAAUUCGUGUGCCUCAUAAUUGCAAUAAUGUGCUAGCAUGUGUGUCAGUAAUGAGUAGGAGGCAAUAUUAAAGGGAACCCCCAAC